ACCCGGGGUGGCCCAAGUGGGACCGGCACGACCCCGAAGUCCGCCGUGGAGGAUCUCAGGGAGCGGGCACCGGCGGCCGGUUCUUCGCCGCGCCUCGGGUCGGAGCCCAGGGCGCGCGCCGGGAGGCCGGGCUGUGCCCGUGUCGCCUGGGCGACGAGGGCUGCCUGGUGCCGGUUCCCCGCGUGGACCGGUCUCCGCCUCGGUCUCGGUCUCAGUGGCGCUCGGCCCGCGGCGGGCCAGGGUCUCUGCGGAGGCGCCUGCAGGGCGAGGCAAGGCCCGGGUCUUGCGAAGCCGGCCAGGCAUCAUGGUUAUGAAAGCUACUGUAGACGACGAUGCUUCGGGAUGGGAGCUCGGGGUCCCGGAAAAAAUGGAAAAAAGUAGCACAAGCUGGGUGGACAUAACCCAGGAUUUUGAAGAUGCUUGUCGAGAGCUGAAGUUGGGAGAACUGCUUCAUGAUAAGCUGUUUGGUCUUUUUGAAGCCAUGUCUGCUAUUGAAAUGAUGGAUCCCAAGAUGGAUGCCGGUAUGAUUGGGAACCAAGUGAAUAGAAAAGUUCUCAAUUUUGAACAAGCUAUCAAGGAUGGCACCAUUAAAAUUAAAGACCUCAGCCUGCCUGAACUGAUAGGAAUAAUGGAUACCUGUUUCUGCUGUUUGAUCACAUGGCUCGAAGGCCAUUCCUUGGCACAGACAGUGUUUACGUGCCUUUACAUUCAUAAUCCCGACUUCAUAGAAGAUCCUGCCAUGAAAGCUUUUGCUCUAGGAAUCUUGAAGAUCUGCGACAUUGCACGGGAAAAAGUAAAUAAAGCUGCUGUUUUUGAAGAGGAAGAUUUCCAGUCAAUGACAUACGGAUUUAAAAUGGCCAACAGUGUGACAGAUCUCCGAGUUACAGGGAUGCUAAAGGAUGUGGAAGAUGAUCUGCAAAGGCGAGUAAAGAGUACUCGAAGUCGACAAGGAGAAGAGAGAGAUCCAGAAGUCGAACUAGAACACCAGCAGUGCUUGGCAGCAUUCAGCAGAGUGAAGUUCACGCGAGUGCUGCUGACAGUGCUCAUAGCCUUUACUAAGAAAGAGACCAGUGCUGUUGCAGAGGCUCAGAAACUGAUGGUCCAGGCAGCAGACCUUCUUUCUGCCAUUCACACCUCAUUGCACCACGGCAUCCAGGCUCAGAAUGGCACUACCAAAGGAGACCAUCCAAUUAUGAUGGGUUUUGAGCCCCUUGUUAACCAGAGAUUACUUCCACCCACCUUCCCUCGCUAUGCAAAAAUAAUUAAAAGAGAAGAAAUGGUCAACUAUUUCUCAAGAUUAAUAGACAGAAUAAAAACUGUCUGUGAAGUCGUGAACUUACCAAACUUACACUGUAUCCUGGAUUUUUUCUGUGAAUUUAGUGAGCAGUCACCAUGUGUUCUUUCAAGAUCUCUGUUACAAACCACUUUCCUCGUGGAUAACAAAAAGGUCUUUGGAACUCAUCUCAUGCAAGACAUGGUGAAAGAUGCUCUGCGGUCCUUCGUCAGUCCUCCGGUGCUCUCCCCCAAGUGUUGCCUAUAUAAUAAUCACCAGGCUAAGGACUGUAUCGACUCCUUUGUUACUCACUGUGUUCGGCCGUUUUGUAGUCUUGUUCAGAUCCAUGGCCACAACAGGGCUCGGCAGAGAGACAAGCUUGGCCACAUUCUUGAGGAGUUUGCUACCUUGCAAGAUGAGGCAGAGAAGGUUGAUGCAGCGCUUCAUACUAUGUUGUUGAAACAGGAGCCUCAGAGACAACAUCUGGCCUGCUUAGGAACCUGGGUUCUUUACCAUAACCUCCGGAUUAUGAUCCAGUAUCUGCUCAGCGGCUUUGAGCUGGAGCUCUACAGCAUGCAUGAGUACUACUACAUCUAUUGGUACCUCUCCGAGUUCCUAUAUGCAUGGCUGAUGUCAACCCUGAGCCGCGCUGAUGGCUCUCAGAUGGCCGAGGAGAGGAUCAUGGAGGAACAGCAGAAAGGCCGCAGCAGCAAAAAAACAAAGAAGAAAAAGAAAGUUCGUCCAUUGAGCCGAGAGAUCACAAUGAGCCAGGCCUAUCAGAACAUGUGUGCUGGGAUGUUCAAGACGAUGGUCGCGUUUGACAUGGAUGGCAAAGUGCGCAAGCCCAAGUUUGAGCUUGACAGUGAGCAGGUCCGGUAUGAGCACAGGUUUGCACCUUUCAACAGUGUGAUGACGCCGCCACCAGUGCACUACCUGCAGUUCAAGGAAAUGUCUGACCUCAAUAAAUACAGCCCUCCACCUCAGUCUCCAGAGCUGUAUGUGGCAGCUAGUAAGCACUUUCAGCAGGCAAAAAUGAUCCUUGAAAAUAUCCCCAAUCCAGACCGCGAGGUCAGUAGAAUCCUAAAGGUUGCCAAGCCCAACUUUGUGGUUAUGAAGCUCUUAGCAGGAGGACACAAAAAAGAGUCAAAGGUUCCUCCUGAAUUCGACUUUUCUGUUCACAAAUAUUUUCCUGUUGUGAAACUGGUUUGAAAGAGACUGCAAAGAUGACCGUGUCCACUCUAGGGAAGAUAUCAGUCUGCCACAUAUGGUGACAGAAAGUGGAUUUCUUGAAAGACAGCUUCUUGCAAGGAAGACUUUCAGUUUAACACCCUUACCUGGCGGGGAUGAGAACUGCUGUUUUAAAGUGGUUUAUUUUACUCCAUGGUGUAACUGGGCUGGAAUGCAUUGGUGAACGUUACAUGGUUUGAUUACAGACUUAAUUGUAAACAUUUUUUUAAUGAA